AAUCCAUUCUUCGUCAGUUGGAGCCGACGAGAAGGGAGUAAGGAGAAGGGGAAGCACAACACAGAGAGGAGGAGAAAUCGACAAUGGUGAAGUUCCUCAAGCAGAACAAAGCUGUGAUCGUCCUUCAAGGUCGUUAUGCUGGCCGGAAAGCGGUCAUCAUUCGCGCGUUCGACGAUGGAACGCGGGAUCGGGCUUAUGGGCACUGCUUGGUUGCCGGAAUAAAAAAGUAUCCUGCCAAGGUCAUCCGCAAGGACUCCUCCAAGAAGACCGCUAAGAAAUCCCGAGUCAAGGCCUUCAUCAAGCUCGUCAAUUACAGGCACCUUAUGCCCACCAGGUACACUCUUGAUGUCGAUCUUAAAGACGUCGUCACUAUAGAUUCAUUGCAAUCCAAGGACAAGAAGGUCACCGCCGCUAAGGAGACCAAGAAGAGGUUCGAGGAGAGGUUUAAGACCGGAAAGAAUAGGUGGUUUUUCACCAAGCUCAGGUUCUGAAGCCUGUUCAGUUAUGUGUUUGUUCUGGAUAAUUCUCGUAUUAGGUUACUGAUCAGCUUUAUUAUUGUUUUUUCCCUUCUGUUUUCGGAUCAUCUUACGUUCUACAUUACAUUGUUAGCUUGUUUUAGUGUCUACUUUUUCUGUCGAUGUACUCUGAUCGCUUCGACGACAAAUUUUCUUGGUUAUAAUGCUACAUUUUAGACUUGCACCUGCUUA